UUUAAUACGAAAUUAAUUCUAAGAUUUAUUACAAAAUUUUAAAGAAAUCUAAAGGUGAGAGUAAUAAAUAAUAUUUCAAUUUAAACGUUAACAACAAAACUGUGAAUUUGUAGUUCAGCUCAUUUAAUAAGGCACAUAAAUAUAUAUUUGGCCAUUUAAAUUUAAAUUUUUAAUUUUAUAAUAAAAAAAAGUAAUUAAAACGAGCUUUUUUUAAUUUCAAAUUCAAUGUUAAAGAAACGUUACAACUUUUUUCAACAUUCCUAAACAAUCUGGCUACCUUCUAUCUUUUACUUUUAACGUCAAAUUGGCAACACUAAUCUAUUCCUUUUUAUUACCGCUCAUUUAGUAAAAGUUGCAAAAGUUAAGCACGCCGGUUACAAUUGUUAAUAUUAAGUAAACAAAGUGUUUAAAUUUCUAGAAAAAGUGAUAAAUUAUGAGUUAAUAGUAUUAAAACAAUAAUUAAAAAAGAAUAGGUGUGUGCGUGUGUGAAAGAGUAAAAAAUGUCAUUGAAAUGAAAAUAAAAGAGAAUACAAGUUAUUUAUUUAAUAAAAUCUUUAGUUAAAAGUGAAAAUUUUAAUAAAUUUAAAUAAAAUUUAAUAAAAAAAUUUGUUAAUUAAAUUAAAGAAAAAAUAUAUUACGCAAAUAAAUAAAGUAAAAAUCUGUAUUGAAAAUAAAAGUAAAUAAAAUCUUAAAAAAGUGAUAUACAUAUUCUGAAGCAUUUAGAUUUCAAAUAAAUUUGAUAAAUAAAAUUGCCCUGGAUUUUUGAACGCAUCUAUGGAUUAAUAAGAAAAAAAGGAUGUUCCUAGAAAUAAAAAAACUGAACAGUCCAACCAGAAUCCGAAUUCACUUAUUUCGGUAAUAUGGGUCCUGAUCAUUGGAGUGAACAUUAUAAUCAGUGUUCGGGUAAACAUCAAAGUCCUAUUAACAUAAAUGAUGUUGAUGUGGUAAAUCGUACUUAUACAGAAAUGCUAUUCAAAAAUUUUGAGAAAAUACCUUUGGAGGCCACGAUUUUCAAUAAUGGUCAUACAGUUUUGGUUAAAUUGUCCUAUGAAGGUGAAAUACCAACAAUUGCGGAGGGUCCUUUGGAAGGAAAGGGUACAUAUCAAUUUCAACAGUUACAUUUUCAUUGGGGUGAAGAUAAUACGGUAGGCAGUGAAGAUCGUAUUAAUGAUGUGGCAUAUCCCAUGGAGUUACAUGUCGUUUUCCGCAAUAGUAAAUAUGACAGUUUCGAAGAGGCUGUGAGAAGAGAUGAUGGAGUUUUGGUAAUGGCGGCAUUUUAUGAGGUUGGCAAUUACACCAAUUACGAAUAUGAAAACUUGACUACACAUAUAGAACUAAUCCAAGAGCCACAUACCAAUACAACAUUAAAUGAAACCAUGGAUUUAUGGAGUUUAUUGCCCAAAGACUUAAAUGGAUAUUAUACUUACAUUGGUUCAUUGACCACACCACCUUGCAGUGAAGAUGUUAUCUGGAUUGAUUUUAUAAAUCCCAUAGGCAUAUCAGAGGAUUUGAUUGAACGUUUCCGUUAUUUGAAGACAUUUGAUGGUUCAUCUCUUACACACAAUUUUCGUCCAGUACAACCUUUAAAUAAUCGCAAAGUGUAUAGAGCAGUGCCGGAGAUCAUGAAAAGAAUACCUGAUGAUUUUGCUAGUGAAGCUUCAUCUAUUAAAUUGAAAUCAGCUAUUCUUUAUUCUUUGCCAAUCUUAAGUAUUUUAUUGGUUUAUUUUAAUUUGAAAACACAUUUUCAUAUAUUUUAAAGUCUCUUUUAAGCCAUAUUAGUUUAGUUUAACUUAUUUUUAGUAAAUAUUAUUUAAUUAUAAAAAUAACGGAAAUCACUCUUCAUAUUAUAUUUACAAUGCUCGUUUCAAAUGAGUUUAAGUCUUGAAAA